AUUAAACACAGAAAAGCACAAAAUGGCAAGCUUCGGUUGGGAUCAAGGACAAGUCUAUUCAACCUCUGUACUUCCCGGAGAAGAUAGAGUUAACUCUCAUUCUGAAAUUACUGGACAAUUUUUGGAAUUUAUUCAAAACUUCCGUGUCAAUAACAGUUACGUUUACAGAGACCAAUUAUCACAGAACUUACUGACAAAGCAAUAUUUUGUCGAAGUUGACCUUAAUCAUCUCAUCAACUACAAUGCAGAUCUCGCUAACAAACUAUCAACUGCUCCUGCUGAUUUUUUACCUCUCUUCGAAAUUGCAGUGAAGGAAACAGCUAAGCGUAUCCUAUUUCCUAACCCUGUUAAAGCCAGCAACUUGGAUGUUCCUGAUUGUCAAGUUACACUUAAAUCCGAUGCUAACGUUGUUCAAAUUCGAGAAUUGAACUCUGACUUCAUUGGUAAGUUAGUUCGCAUUCCCGGUAUUGUCAUCGGUGCUUCUACACUCAGUUCCAGAGCUACACAAAUCACCGUUAUGUGUAGAAAUUGUCGUAAUACCAAAACUAUCCCUGUUACUGGUGGGUUUUCUUCCAUUGUUUUACCCAGAAACUGUGAUAGUCCAAGCAUCAAUGGUACUCCAAAGGAUUGUCCCAUGGACCCAUAUGUCAUUCUUCACGACAAGUGUAGUUUUGUUGACUCUCAGGUUAUCAAAUUGCAAGAAGCUCCUGAUAUGGUCCCUGUUGGUGACCUUCCCCGUCACACCAUUUUAAAUGCUGAUAGAUGGCUCACUAACCGUGUUGUGCCUGGUAUGAGAACUGUAGUGAUGGGUAUUUACUCCAUUUUCCAGAACAAAGCUGCCAAAUCUACUGGUGCUGCAGCUGUUAGAACACCUUACAUCAGAAUCAUUGGUUUGGAAGUCGAUCAACACAACAAUGGUCGUGGUAGACCUCAUUUCAGUGAUGCUGAAGAGGAAGAAUAUAUUAGAAUGUCACGACAAACUGAUUUAUACGAAACUUUUGCUGCCAGUCUUGCCCCCUCCAUUUUCGGUAAUGGAGACAUCAAAAAGGCCAUCACAUGUUUGCUUUUCAGCGGAUCCAAAAAGAUUCUUCCCGAUGGGAUGAGAUUGAGAGGUGAUAUUAAUGUGUUGUUAUUGGGUGAUCCAGGUACUGCCAAAUCACAAUUGUUAAAAUUCGUUGAAAAGGUGGCUCCUAUCGCUGUUUAUACAUCCGGUAAGGGUAGUAGUGCCGCUGGUUUGACCGCCUCUGUUAUUCGUGAUCCUAGCACUCGCGAUUUUUAUUUGGAAGGUGGUGCAAUGGUAUUAGCUGAUGGCGGUGUUGUUUGUAUUGAUGAGUUUGAUAAAAUGCGUGAUGAAGAUCGUGUAGCUAUUCAUGAAGCAAUGGAACAACAAACCAUUUCCAUUGCUAAGGCUGGUAUUACCACGAUUCUUAACUCUCGUACAUCAGUUCUUGCUGCUGCUAAUCCUGUAUUCGGUCGCUAUGAUGAUAUGAAGAGCGCAGGCGAGAACAUUGAUUUCCAAACUACCAUUCUUUCUCGUUUCGAUAUGAUUUUCAUUGUCAAGGAUGAUCACAACGAAGCUCGUGAUAUGUCAAUUGCCAGACAUGUGUUGAACGUCCACAUGAACAGACAAACACAAGAUGCUGUUAUGGGUGAGAUUGAUUUGGAUAAAAUGAAGGCAUAUAUCAAUUACUGUAAAACAAAAUGUGCCCCUCGUUUAACACCUAGCGCCGCCGAAAAGUUGAGUAGUCAUUUCGUCAGUAUUCGUAAAGAAAUGAAGGAGGCAGAAAGAGAUACUCAAGUUAGAUCCACGAUUCCUAUUACUGUCAGACAAUUAGAAGCUAUCAUCCGUAUUUCAGAAUCAUUAGCCAAGAUGACACUUUCACCUUAUGCCACAGAAAAGCAUGUCGAGGAAGCACUUCGUCUUUUUAAAUAUUCCACUAUGGACGCAGUCAACAGUGGUGGUGCCGAUGGCAUGACUCGUAGUGAUAUUAUGUCUGAAGUACAAUUGAUCGAGCAAGAAAUUCAAAAGAGAUUACCUAUUGGUUCUCAAGUCCCUGUUGCUAAAAUUAAGGCCGAUUUCUUACAAAAAGGUUAUGCCGAUGCUGCUAUCACUAGAGCAUUGACUAUUCUUGGUCGUAGAGAGGUAUUGUUAUUUAGAAAUCAAGGAAAAAUGUGUCUUAGACAAGCUGUUUAAAAGGUUACAAAAGCUCCCUUUUCUUUUGAUACAUUUAAAUACCUCUAUAUCUUUGUUUUCAAAUAUAAAUAUUAUAUAGUCCUCUUCUUUUUUUUCUUUCUUUUAUUCUUAAUACACAUUUCCAUAAAUAAUAAAUACAUUAAACAUAAACGAGAG